CACACACACGCAGUGAGAGUGUGAAAAAAUGUACGUUAGAGGAGUCAAUGAGGAAAGUAUAGAUAAAGCAAAAUAUAUAUAAUAGGGAAGAUGAUGUACAUUUCUCAACUUCCACAAACCCUUUACUUGUACCAAACUCUACUCCACAACAACAACUACUACAUUGUUCAUCUUCUUCUUCUUCAAGAAUCCACUAAUCCACCUAAACCAUCAUAAAAAACACACAACACACACUGCUCCAUUCUUUCAAAAAAGAAAAAAAAGAAUGACAGAUAUAAUACUGGCUUCAUCGUCAAGAUCCAUCAACUGUUCGACACCUACGACAAACAACAAUGAUGAUUUUCACCAACAAACUUAUCUUAAUCACGAGCCUCUAGUUAUCAACAGUAGUAGUCGUAUCAGUAGUAGUAGUAGUAGUACCUCUCCUGUAUCGUUGUACGGGAGAAAUUACACCACUAGAGAAAUAUUACACCAAGAAGUCGAAGAAGAAGAAGACGAUCGAAUAUCUGUUUUGGCGGUUUUGGUUACUGUCUUAAGGAAUUCUUUGGUGGGGCCUUGUACGAAUAAUACAAGUGCAGAGAAUUGUGGGGUUGAAAAUAACAACAAGGUGAUGGAGAUUGGUUGCCCUACAAAUGUAAGGCAUGUUGCUCACGUCACCUUCGACCGAUUCAACGGCUUUCUUGGACUACCCCUUGAGUUUGAGCCUCAUGUUCCUACAAUACCCCCUAGUGCCAGCACGAGAGUUUUCGGAGUUUCGACAGAGUCGAUGCAGCUUUCUUUCGAUUCCAGGGGUAAUUGUGUACCGACUAUACUACUCAUGAUGCAGAGGCGCUUGUAUUUGCAGGGUGGCUUGCAGUCGGAAGGAAUCUUCAGAAUUAAUCCAGAGAAUGGCCAAGAAGAGUUCGUUCGGGAGCAACUAAACAACGGAGUGAUUCCAGACGACAUCGACGUUCAUUGUUUAGCCGGCCUAAUCAAGGCUUGGUUUAGAGAACUACCUAGUGGUGGAAUAUUGGAUACUCUGCCACCCGAGCAGAUAAUGGAGUCUCAAUCGGAAGACGAAUGCAGUGGUCUCGUGAGUCAACUCCCGCCCACAGAAUCUGCACUCUUGAAUUGGGCGGUCAAUCUCAUGACCGAUGUUGCCCAAUUGGAUAAUUUCAAUAAAAUGAACCCGCGAAAUAUCGCUAUGGUUUUUGCACCUAACAUGACUCAGAUGUCGGAUCCUCUGACGGCACUGAUGCACGCGGUACAAGUGAUGAACUUUCUAAAGACUCUGAUAGUGAAAACCUUGAGAGAAAGAGAGCAGGAUUGUUUGGUCGAAGAGGGUCCGAAGAUGGAAUCGGAGCCUCCGAAUGAAGACGGUCGUUUUAGUAUUUUGAAGACUAAUGAAGUGAGUGGUGAGUCACAGUCGGGUGAGAAUAGCAGCUCGAGUAAUGAUUCUCCGCGAGGUGAAGAAUCAAGAAUGGGCAUUAACAAUGAUGGCGAUCGAGGUUUUUUAAGCUCAAUCGAAAAUAUUCUACACGGUACGACAAAAAGUGGAGAAAAGAUGAAGGAACCGAGCAUUAUUAGCCGUGUGAAUUCACGCGUGGAAAGGGUGGAGGUUUGGAGGUGAAGAUCGAUCCAUGGAAUCAUAUAUAUGGAUGAACACGAGUUUUUUUUUUUUUCCUUUUUCUCUUCGUUAGGUGAUUAACCUAUUUCGCCGUUUGUUGCAACGUGUUGUGUUUUAAUUAGAUUCUUCGAUUUCGAGUUAUUGCCCCGGUUGUCGGGGUAAUGUGGUGCUGAAGGCUUACUUCAGUUGUUUUGUGAUGGGGGAAUUCAGUGAAUUUUUUUACUGUUCUUGCUUGGGAAUUUAUAAACGAUUGUAAUCAGCGUGUGAUUAAUAUUUAAUCUUGCUUAGCUUUGGUCGAAAAGGGUGGUUUGAUCUAAUAUUUCAAAAA